CAACUCCAAAUGGGAUGGCCGGGGCGGUGAUAGUGUGCAUGUGUGAGCCAGUGAUGCGGGCAACAAAGUAGUUGGCCCAACAUUGUACCAUUGGGUAACAGGUGGAACGACACAUCCGUUUCUACAGGAAGGUGCAUUGGUUCGAACCAGCCUCUCGUGACCAUCUGGUGGUGCAUGUGCUCAGAUCUCGGAGCUGGACUGGCAUAUAAUCUGACGAUGCCCUCUUCCUUCAUGCAUGCAGCCUCAAUCCCAGAUCAAGUUCCUGCUCUUCUCGCUCAUGGCCGUAAACUCUCAGCAUGAUGUUUAAGAGUCUCAUACCGGCCUGCUGGGUCGCCCUCGUCUUCCUUGGAGGAGCCUGGGCAAGACCCGCAGAUGAUGAGCAUGAUGAGCAAGAAGCCGAUGACAUGGGCCCCGCCGCCUUCUUGUGGCCCGCAGACCGGGAGUGGGUGUCGUAUCACGACAAUGUCGCCCCUUGCGGCUCUGCAGAUGGGCCUACCAAUCGAACAGAUUUCCCAUUGACUGGCGGCAAAAUCUCCCUGGUCCAACAGGAUGAGUCUUACAAUGUCCAAGUCGCCAUAUCCUACCAAUCCGACCCCGAAUCAAAUGACGACUUCGAGGUCCUAAUCUCAGGUUCCCGCCUAUCGGACCUCGACCCCGGCCACCAAUGCAUUCCCGUCUCCGAUCCCCCGUCAGGUACUGCCGCCGGCAGCAACGCCACCCUGCAGAUAAAAUACACAUCUGAGUUCGACACGGACAAGAACGAGACCUUCUACGCCUGUGCUGACAUAACCUACGUUCUCGCGACCAACUUCGACGCUAGCGUCAUCCCUUGCUUCAACGUAUCCCAGCCCGAGGACGACGACGCGGCCACCACUACAACUGCUGGGGCUGGCGCCACGGCUACGUCCGAUGCGAAUACGUCCGGCGGGUCCAGCUCGGGGUCUUCGUCAGGGCUUUCCGGGGGUGCGAUUGCGGGGAUUGUGAUUGGGUGCGUUGUUGGUGUUGGCCUUUUGGGGUCCGUUCUUUUCUUUUUGUAUCGUCGGGAUCAGCGGGAGAAGAGGCUGGCGCAGCACCAGGUGUCGGCGAGGAAUGUGAAAUGGGACGAGACUGCUGCUGGUGCGGGCUCUAGGGCGUCGAAUGGGGAAAGUGGGAACAGUGUUCAGCUGCAAGACAUGCGGAGAGAAAGCUAGUCUGGCGUUGGUGAUAGGAUCGUGCGCCUAUGGCUGGCCCGAGCUGCUGAGUUCGAAUCAGGGCAUAGCACCUAAGUGCAGAGAGCUACUUAAUUUGCGAGCCAGAAUACACAAAGAUAGAUAAAGAUGUGAAACCUCUCUUCGUGUGUGUUGCACU